AUGGAUAUUGUCCAAUUGGAGCAUUUACUUGCUACGCUAUGGGUAAACAAGCAACCUUACCUCCUUCUGUUGGCGUCAAGGGAUAUCCAAAAGCUGGCGAAUCUGAAGACUACGCAGGACUAUGCGCAUUUGCUUGUGAUCUCGAUUAUUGUCCUGACACAGCAUGCGGAAUCGUGUCAGAUCCUCUCUACGCCAAGUGUAUCUCCUUUCGACCCUUUGGCUUGUACUAGUGGGCUCGGAGUUGGCAAUCUAGGUGGUCUUUGCGAUUUUACUUGUAACUUUGGCUAUUGCCCACUGCAUUCAUGUAGUUGUGGUAGUAAAGGAAACCUGGCAGCGUUACCUUCAUACACUCCCAUGGUUGCCAAGCCAGCUUCAGGUCUCGAUGAAUCUACCUACGGAGAUUUGUGUCAAUUUGCUUGCGAGUAUGGGUUCUGCCCACCUGAAGCAUGUGGGACUUCCACAGAAGCAUCGGAAACAGUUUAUGUCGACCAAAUUAUUUUUGUUGAACCGAGUCCAGUAUUUGUAUGCCCACCACCAUGCACGUUUGUUAUGCCAUCAUCAACUAUGAACUCUGAGACAGUUAUAACAUUCCCACCUAUCUCAAAGUCGACAGUUGUUGGUGGAUCUACACUAUUAUCUUGUGACCCCUUCUCCAAGCAGGUCAAUUUUUCUCCUUUAUAG